AUGAAGGUCUUCUUCCUUCUUUUAGUACAUCUUUCUGUAUGUUUAGGCUUGCCUCGGCUUGUAAGCUUGCAAGAUGAAGGUACUGAGAAGCAAGAACUGUACGAAACUAAGUACUUGGAUGUUAAGAUUGACCACACUGACUUUACAAGUAUUCAGAACUUCAGUUUGAAGUAGGUCUUACAGUUUUUUCUAAAGUAAAAUAUAACGUUUAUUUAAGGCUUAACACUUUAAAGUUAUAAAGACCUAAUUGUUCGUAUUUUAUAUUGUUUUAAAUUGACAUUUGACGAAUAAUGUUUUAGGUACUUGGUAAACAGCACUCACUACAAACCCGGAGGGCCUUUGUUCUUCUACAUGGGGAAUGAAGGUGUUAUUGAAGGAUUCGCCGAGAACACAGGCAUUAUGUACAGUAUGGCACCAAGCUUUAAUGCCUUGAUUGUGUUUGCUGAACAUAGGUAUUACGGUAAUGGCACCUCUAUGCCUUUUGGUCAUGACAGUUACAACGUAAGUAUAAAAUCAACAGAACAAAAGGUCAAAAAAUUUUGCAAAAAAAUUUUUAAAAUUAUUUAAUUUAUUUUAGACAACAGAACACGCCAAGUAUCUGACUACCGGCCAGACUAUAAACGACUUUGCCGUGGUUAUCAAAACGCUUCGAAAAGAGUUCAACUUUACUACAGUAAUCGGAUUCGGAGGCUCUUACGGUGGCAUGUUGGCCGUGUGGAUGAGAGAGAAGUUCCCACAUCUGGUGCACGGUGUUUGGGCCGCUUCUGCUCCCAUAAACCAGUUCAGGAAUUCCGACAAUCCUCCAGAAGGCUUUACACACGCGGUUUCAGAGACUUUGGCCAAAUUUGGAUGUAACCUUAGUACUACGCACGAAGCAUUGUUGGCCAUUGACAAAGGUGUAGUCUUUGUAUUGACUUUGAAACGGAUUAUUGUAUCUUUUAUUAUGUUCUUACAGUUAAAAUUGAAUUUUAGUGGACUACACUGAGUUGAACAAGAUCUUCAACAUUCCACAGAAGUCGUUAUUGAAGAAUAAUACUGACAGAUACUUGGUCACAAAUUAUGUCAGAAAUGCAUUAGAAUACGGAGCGAUGACAGUAUAUCCAUACCCAGCAAACUUUCUCACCAGACUACCUGCUUGGCAUCUUGUUGUAAGUGUUUAAUCAUUUAGAAGGCUAGUUUGAACCACACAUGCUACUUUAAUUUAAACUAGCAGUUUAAGUAACUCAUGCAAAUUACAAUAUAUUACUCAUUACAAUGCUUGUUGUAGCACUCAUUAUAUACACUUUAGCCAGCAUGCAAACCUUUGAGCCAACCCGACCUAGACACUCCUCAAAAGCUAGUCCAAGCCCUGUAUGAGUCGGUUGUUGUAUACUACAAUGAGACUGAAAGCUGUGUAGUCAGUAGCGUAUGUGGAGAUCCCUCAAUCAAGAACCUCGGCUACCUACCUGGCUGGUACUGGCAGACUUGUACUGAGAUCGGAAUGCCCAUGGCUGCUGCUGGAUGGCCCAAUGACAUAUUCUGGGAUGAAAUUGGAAAUCAAACGAGAACGGAUCUUAUUUUAAAACCAUGUGAAGGAGCUGGGGAUCUUUUUGAGGGAUAUAACACUACUAUGUUUGAUAUCGAUGCUAUUGAGAGAUUGUACGGACUGAACGCUGAAGAGUCGAGUAGGAUGAUACUGACUCAAGGAGAACUUGAUCCGUGGAGGUCUGGAAGACCCACAUUGCAUAAGGAUGCGAUCGACCGAGAGUUAUAUGACAUAACCAUCUCCGCUGCCGCUCAUCACUUGGACUUACGCUGGCCUAACACUUGUGAUCCAGCUUCUGUGGUCGAAGCUAGGAAAAUGGUAUUUUUAUCUAUAAGCUGCCUGGUGAUCUUGAUUGCCAUUUUAUAUUCUAGGUUCUUACUCUAAUGUAUUCUUUAUCCUUUAAAAUUCCAGAUUUACAAGAUUCUGAAGUGCUGGACUGGACAAGAUGAUGGAAAGUGGAGUUGUGACGCCCACGAUCUCUUGGUAACUCUACCUGACGUCACGACAUACGAUAACGGAGACAAGACCUGUGAAGUCAUAUACAAUUUUGAUUAUAGGAAGAACGCCGGCUAUCUUACCCAUGUAUCUCUGUUAACAUUGUUGCUCGGUUUAACGUUAUUCCGAUUGUAAUUGUUUGUACAUAUUACUCUAAUAAAAGGAAACGCUUUGUUCAAACAAAUGGGAACGUUUCAUUUAAGUCGAAUGACAUCCAGAAACACGCCGUUGGUAUGACAGCUAACCUACUGACUAGUCUGGUUCUAGUUCUCUAUCUUAACUAUGCCACCGGAGGUCUGAUUGAUUGGGCGUUGAGUAAGAAGGGACAGAUUGUGGAUGAUGAUGACAGAUACACCUACACUGAAGCAUACCAUUACAAGUACUUUACUGAUCAAAUCAAUGUCACGGAAUCUGUGAUGUGGGCUACUACGGCUUCUGUCAUGGUGACUUCUCCUGUUACACCUGCCACACCUAUCAGUAAGGUUUUAAAGUGAUUUAAAACACAGUUUCACUGUAUCUUGUGAUAAGAAAAAUAUUUUAAAAUUGCAUAUUGUGCUAGUUAAUGGUUUUCAGAAUGCGACGACGACCGUGCUUGGGAUUGUCAGAUAAAACGUGCCCAAUGUCACGUCCCGGCCUACUUUCGGUUGAUGAAGAAGUUGUGUGCAACUACAUGUCGCUCUUGUGUAUGUAUGGACAGAGACAGCCGAUGCAAAGCCUUUGUGGCCAACGGCUUCUGCAACGUCCGCUUCUACUCCAAACAAACGAAACUCUUAUUCUGCGGUAAAAGUUGUGGAUUGUGUGAAGAAAAUACGAAAACAGAAUAAAGUCUUUGUCGUGGUGUGAUUCAUUUGCGGUAGUGGUAUCUUAUUGUAGCCAUAAUAUGUUCAAUAAAAACGGUUUUUGACAGAAAUUACUUUUUUAACAUGUUAAGACUGUCACUUCUUAUCAUUGCGUAUUGUAGAUGUUUACUUUCACUUGAUGGUAGGUUUUUUAUUUAAUAAAUGUAAUAUUUUUUAAAUUAUAUAACCUUCAUAUUGUACCGUUAGUAGUAGCCAUACUCAACAUCUUCAAUCUCAUGUGUUAUUAAAUUUAGUGCUUUGCAAAGACCUGAGAUUAAACUGUAACCCUGACCUGUGUGAGUUGCCCACCUAUAAAAACGUAAUGAAAAGACAAUGCCGAAGGACUUGUGGCUACUGUGAGCCAUGUGAAGAUAAGAAGGGAAAGGUCGUGUGUCGAGAGUCACGGUUAUUAUGUCCUGAACCCUUCUUCGAACCCAUUCUUAAACGAUAUUGUGCCAAAAGUUGUAACUUCUGUGGGGCAGGGAAGAAAGCAAAGGACAAGAAACAGAAAGGUGGCAAGCAUGUCAAUGCAGACAUAGCACAGAUCGACAUGCUCGACACAUGUAGAGACAAAAGCAAGGAUUGUGAAGCAGAAGCUACGUUUUGUGAAGGUAGAAUUCGAGGUGACGUUUUGAAGGUAAGAUAAAGAUAUUACCGUAAGAAGAAUCGCUUUAUACCAUUGUCGGCCACAAAAUAAGCAUUGUUUCCAACCAUUACAAGUAGCAACUUUUACAAAAAAAACCAAGAACAUUAUAGGUUAUGUGUGCAGAAACAUGUGGCUACUGUGAAUCACACCAUUGCCAAAACUAUGAAACCCUUUGUGAACACGACCUCGUUGGUGAAUUCAUGCAGAAACGAUGCAAAGACACCUGUAGCGUGGUGA